CAACUCAUAUCAUAACUGGGCCUCUAGUGAAAUACCCCUAAACAAUCAUACUAUAAAUCACAUCGAUCCAUAAGUGUUUAUCCUCCGCCUACAUUUGCAUCUAGGGUUUUCAAGCAGCGGCGAACAUAACAUCUCCGUCACCAUGGGGCGUAUGCACAGUAAAGGUAAAGGUAUAUCUGCAUCAGCUAAGCCGUACAAGAGGACACCACCUAGCUGGUUGAAGAUCUCUGCUCAGGAUGUUCAAGACAGCAUCUGCAAGUUUGCAAAGAAGGGUCUCACGCCAUCUCAGAUUGGUGUCAUUCUUCGUGAUUCUCACGGUAUUGCUCAGGUCAACAGCGUAACUGGCAGCAAGAUUCUCAGAAUUCUUAAGGCACAUGGACUUGCUCCUGAAAUCCCAGAGGAUUUAUACCACCUGAUCAAGAAGGCUGUUGCUAUCAGGAAGCAUUUGGAGAGGAACAGGAAGGAUAAAGACUCCAAAUUCAGGUUGAUUCUUGUUGAGAGCAGGAUUCACCGACUUGCCCGCUACUACAAGAAGACCAAAAAGCUUCCACCCGUCUGGAAAUACGAGUCAACUACAGCUAGCACCCUUGUGGCUUAGAGGAUCGCUGAAGCUGGGGAGUCCAUUUCUGAAGUUUAUGUUAUCUUGUUAAGAAUCGGUUAUGGUUUCUUUUACAAAAAGAUUUUGUGUUGUUUUGAAGAACAUGUUAUGAAUGUAGUACUUUUUCACAUCAACAGUUGGGUUUUGUGAGCAAGGUUUUUUGAAAGAUUGGUUAUUUUAGCAAA